CGCGACGGCCUUUCUCGCGGAGCCAUUUCUAAGCUUAUCUCUAAUUCUCUAUCACGUAAAAAUGCGUGGAACGGCAGAGCCAUCCACUUCAGUCCUUCGCUAGCUCUUCCAACCAGGCCUCAUCCGCCAUGGCCGCCUCCUUCCUCCGCCCUCUCCUCCCCUCGAAACCCUUCCUCUCCACUACUCCCAGACCUUAUCUCCCAGCUAGUACUCCAGCCACCGCCCUGCGCUGCACCGUGGCGCCCAAGCCGGUCACUGGCUCGACCCCGAAGCCCAGCCAAGAUGAGGCCAAUAAUAACAAGGAGCAAGAAGAACCCAAUGCCUCCGCCACCGCCGCCGAUGCAACCCCGGACGAGGCAGGCACCAACCCGCACCGCAUCCCCGACGACGAGACGCCACCGUCCGCGACAGCGACCACGUCGUUCGCCGUCGCGCGGCGCGUGCCGUCGGCCAUCUCCCCGGACCGGCGCCAGCGGCGGACGGCGUUGACGCAGGGGGAGCCGCCCAACUACGAGAUCGGGUGGAAGCGCACCAAGGAGCUUCCGCUGGAGAAGCCCAAGGGGUGGGCCAUCGCCGACUUCAUGGAGAAGCUGGAGGGCCUGAUGGCGCGCGGGCGGUACGGGUCGGGCGAGCUGCUGGGCACGGUCGCCGGAGUGGUGACGGAGCGCGCGCGGGAGGAGGCCGAGAUCCUCGUGGCGGAGGGCGGCGUGGAGGAGCGCGUCGUCACGGAGCUCCUCCGCGUGCUGCGGCUGGUGGAGAUGGACGUGGAGAUGGUCAAGGCCGCCGUCAAGGAGGAGACCGUCAAGGAGCGCGUCGAGACGGCGCGCGCGCGCUGCCGCCAGGCCAUCCUCGUCGCGCUCUCGCUGUGACGGCCGGCCGGACCGCUCGCGCUGGCUCCGGCGGCGGCGCCGAGCUGUAGACGCUUCUGCAUCACAAUACUGCCACUGAAUCCUGAAAUUCUGAUAGCUUUUGCUGAGAAGUGACGACGGGGCGCUGCAUUGCCACCGCCUUUGUACAGUUGCACGAGGCAUAGACGAGUAGUAUUAUACCGGUAAUUCAGAUUGUCAUGCAUCUUUGCCUCACCUCGUUCUCUGUACUCUCGUAGCGUUUGCAAUCAAACGAUGAAGCGAUACACCAGAAACGGACUGAUUUACUAGUGAUUAGUCAUCAUGACGGCCAAACAUCUCAAGCCGAUCGAGGAGCUUUGCCAGAAUUGCACUUGCAUAAUUUCAGCGGCCAAACAUGGCAAGCAGUGGA